AUGGCAGCCAACACCAACUACCAGCUCUCCCAAGAGCAGAUUGAUCACUUCAUGCGCUAUGGAUACAUAAUUCUAUCCAAUUGUUUCUCGCAAGAGAAAGCCACCGAAUGGGCCGGAGAUGUUUGGGAAAGGCUUGGCAUGUCGCCAACCGACAAAUCAACUUGGACCGACCAAUUUACGCACUUGGAAGAAACCAAGAAGGAGCCCGUGAAGACGUUCGCCCCUAAGGCCUGGGCAGCCAUGUGCCAGCUUCUCGGAGGUGAAGACCGUAUUGCCCCCGAAUCGGCCUAUUGGAACGACUCCUUGAUCGUCAAUCUCGGCACUCCCGAGUCCGAAGGGACAUGGCCCCGUCCUGCGGAUCUCCAGGGGUGGCAUGUGGAUGGCGAUUUCUUUAUGCAUUUCCUUGAUUCGCCUGAGCAGGCCCUGCUCGUUAUCCCCUUGUUUACCGACAUCCAGAAAGGUGCAGGUGGCACUAUGAUCUGUCCCGAAGCGGCAAAGUUCGUUGCCCAACACUUGUACGAGCAUCCCGAGGGAGUGACUCCGUAUAUGGUUCCUCUAGGCGAAAAUAAGGAAGUUCGUAGGGAUCUGUCCUUCUACUUGGAUAUUGUCAAAAACUGCACCGAUUUCCAUGAGAUGACUGGAAAGGUGGGCGAUGUCGUCCUCCUCCAUCCUUUGAUGUGUCACUCGAAAUCGGUCAAUAGCCUGAGACAUUUACGGGUGAUCACCAACCCACCGGUGGCCUUGAGAUCGCCGUUUCAGUUCGACCGGGAUGACUCUUCCCAAUACAGUAUCGUCGAGAAGAAAACGCUAGCUAUGCUUGGCAAGGACAGGCUGCCUGGCUGGACCAUCAAGGGGAAGCGAGAGACUGUAGUGCCGGAGAGGCUGAAGAAGAAAAACGCGCCGAGGAAGACCGACCUAUAG